AUGCCAAAAAUUUAUAAAAGAAAAUCAUUGGAGAGGGCCAAAUGGACCGAGGAGCAACUGAAAUCUGCAAUGAGUACUGUUAAAGAUGAGGGAUUAUCUGUACGUCAGGCUGGAAAAACUUUCGGUAUUCCGAGAAAGACAUUGGAAAGGCGAAAGUAUGAAGACCAUAAGAAAAAAUUGGACCCAGAUACUACUUUCGGAGCUGCACAUGAAAACAGACUGGUACGGCAUAUUAAAGAAAUGCGAAAAGUGGAUUUCCACUUACUAGAGAUGAUUUGCGAACCAUAGCUUAUAAAUUUGCUGUUCAGCUAGGCUUGAAACAUAAAUUUAAU